GGAGUAUCCUGACUUUGUUCUUCCGUGUUGUUGCGAGCGUCUCGUCUCUUUCUUUCUGCGCUAAUGAUCCGACUGUUGAGAGGAAGGGCACCUGCAGCUCCCAGAUGAUUCAGCCUCUCUUGGCUACCUCUUACGUGACACAUACAGACAGCAUGUCGCUCCUGCCACUGCAGUGCAUGCCUGCUCUGUCCCCACCUCUGCCUCUAAUGCAGCUGCAACUUGCCCAUCGCCUUCUCACGACAAUCCACUCAGCUCUCCAAGUCCUCAGGUGAGUGAGCACACUUGCCAAUUCCACCCUGGGACCACAACUAAACUGGACCAUGAAAGAUAAUUAAAAGGAGAAGGAACACUUUAUAUUACUGGUUACGUUUUUGCUUUCUUCCCUGCGCUCAGAAUUAUAUGUUUGCUUUCCCGGACUUGGUUUGUGCUUGUGUUUCACAUGUGAAUUCUGAGGGGGAACGUCUCCGACAUGGAAGUCUUGUAUGUUGGCUUUCCACGCAUCCGUUAACAAGGUUAUCGCACACCGCCCUGGAGAGCAUCCUCCUUCCAGUUUCCCUCCCCCGACCAACAACCACACUGCGAUCUGAUAAUGGAGAACAUGCUUUACAAAACCUGCAGCAGUGUAAUGCUUUGAGUUACGAGUCCAGGAGUCUAGAAAGCCCGCAUCCGAGAGCAAGAGGGUGAAGGAUGACUGAAGGAGUGGAGGAUUCCUCCUCCGGGCUGGUCAUUCCACCAGGAGCAGCGUCUCCAAGUGGCUCCACUGCCAUUGAUCCUGGACGAGUUCCCCAGGAGACGCCAGAGGAGGCGGUGGCAGGUGGCGAGGCUGUUGAUGAGGGCGGAGAGAGAAACAUAGAUGGUGUAGAUGGUGGCAACACAGAAAGAAGGGGGCCCCUGGGAUUGCUUGGCUUGGCGGGGUCCUGCUGUGUGUGUGUAGAGAUGGAACAGUUGCGCAGUUGCCUGCAUUCUGAGAAGAUCUGCAUCCUUCCCAUCCUGGCCUGCCUCCUGAGCCUGGCUCUCUGCACCGCUGGCCUAAAGUGGGUAUUUGUGGACAAGAUUUUUGAAUACGAGCCACCCACACACCUGGAUCCCAAACGUAUGGGACAGGACCCCAUCAUUUUUGCUGACCCAACGCAAGGAUUCCCUGUGUCCUUGCCCCACCCAUCCUCUACCCCAGGUCCAACCACAACAUUUACGACCACAGGACAACCUGGGGUAUUGGUAGAGGGGAAACCUACAGGAGUACCCUUUCUACACAAGUUUUUCCAGGUGACCCCUACUUCUGCAUUGAUGUAUCGCACUAACCUGCCCAUACGGACUGAGACCCUUACCACCCCAAAACCAGUGAAAAAGGGAGCACCAACCUCUAACCUUCAACCCACUCUGGAAUCUAAUGACAUUGUCCCUAAGCUUUCUGCCACCAGCACCACCCCUGCAGCAAAGACCUCCAGUCAUGUGACUCGUUGCAGCGACAGCCAUCAGAACUACUGCGUGAAUGGAGGCGAGUGCUUCACCCUGGAGGUCAUCCCUGGAAGCACAAAGUUCCUCUGCAGGUGCCCAAAUGAAUUUACUGGUGAUCGCUGCCAAAACUACGUAAUGGCCAGCUUUUACAAACAUCUUGGGAUUGAAUUUAUGGAAGCUGAGGAGCUGUAUCAGAAACGUGUAUUAACAAUAACAGGAAUCUGCAUUGCACUCCUAGUGGUUGGAAUCAUGUGUGUGGUUGCCUACUGCAAAACAAAAAAGCAGAGGAAAAAGCUCCAUGAUCGUUUGAGGCAAAGCUUACGAAAUGAUAGAAACAGCAUGGCCAAUGGACAUCAAAUUCCUAACACUCCUCUUGAAAAUGUUCAGCUUGUAAAUCAGUACACGUCAAAAAAAGCAAUGCCUGCGCAUAAUGUAAUCGAAAAGGAAACCGAAACAUCCUUCUCCACAAGCCAAUAUACGUCAUCAGCUCAUCAAUCAACAAUGGUCACUCACACCACCAGUCAAAGCUGGAGUAAUGGCCGAAGCGGGAGUAUUCUCUCCGACAGUCGCUCCAUCUUAGUGAUGUCAUCGGUCGAGAGCAGUCUGCACGCUACACCCAGCCGCCGGGGUCGUCUGAAUGCCACGGGCGGCGCCAGAGACCUGAGUGCCUACCUAAAGAACUUGAGACACUCUCCGGGCUCCUGCAGAGACUCACCAUGCAGCGAGAGAUACAUCUCAGCCAUGACGAGCCCAAACUGUUCUCCUCCGGUGGAUAUUGCAUCCCCUGUUACCCCAGGGUCUCCUCCCUCCGAGGUGUCAGCACCCUUGUCCAGCCUGGCUACCUCUGUUCCCUCUGUGGCAGUCAGCCCCUCAGGCGAGGAAGAACGCCCCCUGCUUUUUGCCACCCCUCCACGACCUAAAGAAAAUUUGACACACGAAGACCACAAUCAAUACAAGAGGAUCUCUGCUCACUAUAACCACGGCCAUGAGACCCACAGCCCCCCACCCAGGAUUGUUGAGCAUGAUAAAUACGAGUCCACACAGUAUGAGACCGCCACCAUUAACGUGGCCUCUUUUCCUGCGCAGAGUAUUUCCAAGAAACUGGAAAAAACCAACAACAACAACGGCCAGAGAGCAAAAAGAACAAUGGCAAAUGGCCACGUGGACCACAAAAUGGAGUCCAACAGCAGCAGUUGUGGUAGUUCAGAAAGCGAGACAGAGGAUGAGCGUGUGGGAGAAGACACACCCUUCCUGAGCAUACAGAUCCCUGUGGCUGUGACUCUGGAUACUGCCCUCAGGCCCACAGACAGCAGCAGGACUAACCCAGCCCUACAACUUUCCCCGCAGGAUGACCUGCAAGCCAGAUUGUCCUGUGUCAUCGUAAACCAAGAUCCAAUUGCUGUGUGAAGUGAAAAUUAAAUAUGGCUUAGAAAUACUUAAAUAGAUCAAAAUGAAUACAGAGUCACUACUAUACCUUUAUUUUCUAUCAAUUAAGUAGGGGGAAAUCAUUUAAAAAAAAAAGAAUAAAAACGUAUUUUAGCGAUGUAGUGAAUAAGGUUUUAUAAAAAAUAAAUUAAAAAAUUAAAAUUACAAAUUUGUUCACAUCAUGGAAGAGUGCCAUACACAUAGUAUGUAGAAAUGGGUCACAGUAUUUCAUUGGAUAAAAUUAUCAACGGUGCCUUUAAUUUCUGUAUGGUGUGCUUAAGGGAACUGCAUCACUGGGCCAUAUAUUCAUGACUUUCAUCUUCCACUUGACAUUUCUACUAGACUCCACCAGCACUAUGCAUUUAUUGAAAUGACACACAGUAGAAAAGACAGUACUCAAGGUAAGAUCCUGUCAGAAAUAUUAAUCUUUAUCAAGUAUUGCAGUCGGUGAAGAAGUCAAGAAAGUUUAUUGCUUGCAAGGAGACAAAAUCAUGGUGAUACAGUUGUCUGUUAGCUUGUGUGCUAGCUAACCAUUUAAACGAAACCACUCUCCACAGUCAUUGGUUCAUACACAGGCAUGCAACUGACAUGGCUCUCCUUUCAUUGUCUCCCUUGCAUAGAUCUUGCGCGCAUGUAUGCGUUCGUGUUUGCGUCAUCAACCCUGGUUGAAACACAAUAGCAGCUGAAUCUCUGGGUCUGGUGUCGUAAAAGCUCCCAUCUCCUUUAAACACAGAAACCCCCAAACAUCCUCUAGUCUUAGUCUGUAACAAAUGCUCACCCUCCCCCAGGUCAACUAAGAUAAGGGUCCAGUGUGUUUAUGUAAGCCUAGAGUUAACUUAGGGGUAGCUUCUCUCUACACAUGGAAUGUUGAACACAGUAUCAUUCUUAUACAGGAUAAAGGGUUACAUCUUCAACUUUUCUGACAGAUCCAUACAACGAUAUAUUCUGGAAUCUAUGUCAAUGCGUAAUAUAUUUCUCAUUUUCAGUUAUGUGGAAUUCAUCAGCGUAUAACUUAGUGUUUACCUCUCAAAGUAAAAAGAAAUGCUGUUGUUGCUACACAUAUUUUAAUUUGCUACACAUCGUUUGCUACAGUUCUUGAAUAGGAUAAUAAAGAGGUUAAGUACAGACUUUUCUGAUGGAUUUGGAUCAUACUAUUGUUUCAAGUCCGUCUUUGUGUAAAAUACCAUCAAUUGGUGUUUGAUCCUUUUUUCACACUAGAAGCACCGUAUUAAAUGCCAUUAGUUGCCACUAGAUAACCUAUAUUUAAGUCUAAUUAGAAGGGUAAUGAUGAAUGAACAAUAUGAAUAUAUGGCUCACUUUGUCAAUUUGUCAACUUUGUCAACACAUCUAUGGGUUCCUAAGUAAUGCAUUGUGGGGAUUGAAGAUACAGUAUAGAACCAUUUUAGGAUACAAUACAGAUAGUAAAAGUCAUUUUGUUGUGUUUAUAGUAGUCUGUUAAGUUAAGCAUAUUUGUCUUUCCAGAUUUCACGUUACAAUAUCCAAAGUGUUCUUUUUGUGUUUGUACGCAUUUUGUUUAGUCAUGUUUGUGUAAAAGUUAUAUAUGUGUAAUAUCCUAAACAUUUACCUGUUUUGUUUUCAUACAUUAUAUCCCAAGGAUACAUCAAGUCAUAGAAUACAUGAAGAACUCAGACUGUCACUGUUGAUUGAUAACCACAAUAAAUAUGGACAAAACAUGUUUUCUUUCCAAACAUAUAACUUUUUGUGGCAUUACCACCAAUAUAUUACAACGGUAA